UCUGGAGCGAAGCUUGGUGGAAACUACCACUCAUUGAGCCGUUCUUAUGGCAACCGAGCUGGAGCGAUAAACAGUCUCCCGCGCGAGCGUACGAGGGGGACGUUCCUCGGCCAGCGCAACGCCGAGGGAGGCGUGUGGGUUGGUUGGGCUUUUUAUGUGUCCGAGGAGGAACCACCUGUGCGCACCCGCUUUCAGCAGGAAGCAGAGAGUGAAGUCGCCGGGGUCGCACCCGCAGCCCCAGGCGAGGAGACUCACCUGGGUGCCCGGCGCCCUCUGGAACUUGUGCGCCGCCGAGCGCGGAGCUGGUGCUAACCACGCCAUGGGGUGCUCGAGCAGCGCGCAGACCAAAGUCCAGGACUACGGCCGGCAAACUCCUAAAUCCCCGGAUGCCAACGGAUUGCCCCAGGGCGAUGACAGCUUGCCUAUCACAGCUAAAAACGACAUAGCACCUGACCAGACCAAGCUUGAAGCAAUGGAAGAGGUGGAGCUUGGAUCUUCUUGGAAAAAAUCAAAUGAGGAUCUCCCUAAAGAGGAGCCUUUGAUUCAGGAAACAACAAAAUGUGCCCUUUCUACCUGUCACAGAGUAGAUCCUGAGGGCACAGAGCCUCAGCUAAUGGUACCAGAAGAGACGUUCGACAGAAGCCAGUCCUUAUCUCUAGACCUCCUUGAAGCUGGUGGGCCACAGGCUGUGGAGCCAACAGGGUGGGUUAGCAACCCUCAAGCUGCCUCAGAAGCUGCUGGUUCUUCGCCUUCAGAAUCUGUCCAGAAGAAGAAGCUUGACCCUGCUGAAUCCUCAGGAAGUGACACACCUGAGCCUGUAGCAGAGGAAAACCAGUGUCAUGUAACAGAAAUUGUGAAGGAACUGCUCAUGGAUGAAGAGGAACAGCUAACAGAGGUUACUGUACCAAGUGAGAUAGGAGAAAAGAUGGAAACUGAGACGCACCAUGAGAUAAUACAUGGGGCCUCGGAAACAAAAGAAGAAACUGGAGAAGCUACAAUGGUCAUGGAGAUAGAAGGAGCUAAUGAAGAAGAAUGACCCAUGGCUUCUGGCUGGACUUCAUGGCUAGACUAUGGCUUCUGGCGGGACCUCAUCCUUGGUUGCUCAGUUAACAGUUAUAUUCAUAUUUGACAAAAAUCUAGUUUUUAUAAAAGCUUGUAUGGACUUAUCACAACUACUGAGAACUAAGGGAAAAAACAUUUUAAGGAAUUUCAAUGGGGAAGUCAAGCUGCCAAGGCCCCACUGAGGAACUGCAAUGUUAAACCAUCACACCUGCCAGAAAGUGCCUUCUGCUAUCAUUUCAAUGGAACUAUGAGUUACAGAACACUUUUACUUGCUUUAGUUAGAAAAUAAAUAUGAAGGAUAACAUAGCAUAAAUAAUAUAAGUUGUAAAAGCGAGUACAUGUAAUCAGAAUGUAUGUGGUCUAAAAUAGGGUGAAAAUAACUAAAUUUCAGUGGAGUUUUUACAGCCAUGAAUUAUUUAAUUGCAUUAGCACAUCUCUUGGGUGAAGUUUCUUGUAAACAUGUAAGAAUUGUAAUCCCCAUCUGGAAGGGGACCAGAUGGGGUUAGGUUGAUUUAUGGCAUUAAAGUUUAACCGUAUUUCUUUAGUAUGGUAUAAGGAAGGGAAUACAACAUUACUUUUUCGUGAAAUCAGUGAAAAAGGUGACUGUGGUCUUCAAAGCACUUGGAUGAGAACUAGUGUGAAUUAAUGACACUUAAAAAUUGCAGAAGAUAAAGCCUAUGAAAAAAACAAUUACCUAGCAUCUAAUAAUAACUGACAAGCACAAGAUAACCUUGAUUAUAUCACAAUGAGAGUGGUAACACUUUAAAAAAAAAUAAUUUCUUUAAAAGAAAUUUAAGUAUGGCUAGGAUUUUAAUUAUAAAUUAAGAAAGUAAAAAUUACAACAAAAUGAAUGACUGGUUUCUUUGCAAUGAUUAUGCAUUGAUGGAACACUUUAUAGGUUUUUUUCCUCUUUAAAUAUAUGCACAUUUUAUUUUAUAGCUCUUUUAUGCAAUAGUAAAACAAAAAGUGAGUAUUAUAAGCCUUUGUUUUAAAGAAUGAGACUGCUCACAGCUGAACAGUUGAGAGAAAUGCCAGGCUGAAAAUGGAAUGAAUGAUUACAGUAUUCUUCUCUAAACUAUGCAACCAAUAAACUUGAGCAGGGCUGUGCUUCACUCAUUAUCAAAAACAAAUUUAUUCUUUGCUGCUAUAUGUGUGAUAUGGCUGGUCUUAUGCCUCCUCAAAAGUCUCUAAAAUGUAACCUUAAACUUUUAAAUAAAUAAUAUAUUU